AUGGAUGUCGACGCCAAGUCGUCCGCAAAGAAGCCCAACCGCGGCCAGAACGACCGCAGGACGAAGAACCAGCGCGCCCGCAAGCCGAGAAACUCGAUGACCUUCCCCUCGAGCCGCGGCAAGGGCGCCCUGAAGCCCUUCACUGGCAAGGGCCGAGUCAGCAAGCGCAAGUAG